UUUCUUUCUCCCUCCCUUCCUCUCUGCCUUCUAUUAUCAGGGUGUGUGAGGAAGGAAAUCUCCGUUUAGUUCUCCCGCUGGGAGCCCGGGGGACGCUUUCCCGAUAGAGAACGGCUGGCCAGGGACUGUCUUCAGGCUGAAAGCUCCCAGCGGCCCGGCCCUUCAAAGGUCAGGGUGUGGUUCCUCUGAGAACCAAAGGCUCCAGUAGCUCGCAGGGGCGCGGAGGGGCUCAGAGCUGGGGCGGGAAGGCCGAGGGAGAGGACGACGCUGGGCCGGGCUCAUCCUUGGGGCUCCGGAGCCGGCCAGCUGCGUGGCCUCGCGGCCCUCGCGGCCCUUUUCGCCUCCGCUUCCAGGGACACGUUGGCCGCACCUUUGCACGCGGGAUCUUUCCUUUGGACCCCUGGAGUGGGAUGUCUCAGGAUCAGGGUAAUAUGAUUCACCUUCCCGGGUUGCCCGGCACUAAAUUAAUCAGCCCGGGCCCCAACCGUCUGCCCCGGACCCGGCCCUUUUGGGCGCGUUUCUGCCUGGGUGUGUGCGCUGGAAUAUGCCUCUGUGUGCAGGCGCCACAGAGCUCCAGCUUCCCUCCCCGCGCGUGUCCUCCCCGAGGUCCUUCCGACCGAGCCUUUCCUUCCGCCGGCGGAGCCCGGUGGCCGAGGCGGUGGACGCGAGUGGGGCAGGCAGACGGAACGAGCUGCGGGGAGGCGGGGAGGAGAGCGGGCGGCGGAGAGCUCUGGGCCAGUCGUCUCUAGCGCGCACUAUCGCAGGCGCGUAGUAGAUGUCGCUGUUGUCCGUGCUUACGCGGCCGGCCGGCCGGGCUCUGGAGCACGUGACCUGCGAGGAGGCUGCGGCUCAAGGCCAUUUUCAAAUCUCAUUGGCUUGGUUGUCAUGUGGUCGGCAGAGGCAUCCACAAUUACACGGGGAAUGUUUUCCUAGAGAUGUCAGCCUACAAAGGACACAAUCUCUCUUCUUCAAAUUCCUCCCCAAAAUGUCCUUUCCCAACAGCUCUCCUGCUGCUAAUACUUUUUUAGUAGAUUCCUUGAUCAGUGCCUGCAGGAGUGACAGUUUUUAUUCGAGCAGCGCCAGCAUGUACAUGCCACCACCUAGCGCAGACAUGGGGACCUAUGGAAUGCAAACCUGUGGACUGCUCCCGUCUCUGGCCAAAAGAGAAGUGAACCACCAAAAUAUGGGUAUGAAUGUGCAUCCUUAUAUACCUCAAGUAGACAGUUGGACAGACCCGAACAGAUCUUGUCGAAUAGAGCAACCUGUUACACAGCAAGUCCCCACUUGCUCUUUCACCACCAACAUUAAAGAAGAAUCCAAUUGCUGCAUGUAUUCUGAUAAGCGCAACAAACUCAUUUCUGCCGAGGUCCCUUCGUACCAGAGGCUGGUCCCCGAGUCCUGUCCCGUUGAGAACCCCGAGGUUCCUGUCCCUGGAUAUUUUAGACUGAGUCAGACCUACGCCACCGGGAAAACCCAAGAGUACAAUAACAGCCCCGAAGGCAGCUCCACUGUCAUGCUCCAGCUCAACCCUCGUGGCUCGGCCAAGCCGCAGCUCUCCGCUGCCCAGCUGCAGAUGGAAAAGAAGAUGAAUGAAAACGUGAGCGGCCAGGAGCCCACCAAAGUCUCCCAGGUGGAGAGCCCUGAGGCCAAAGGCGGCCUUCCCGAAGAGAGGAGCUGCCUGGCUGAGGUCUCCGUGUCCAGUCCCGAAGUGCAGGAGAAGGAAAGCAAAGAGGAAAUCAAGUCUGAUACUCCAACCAGCAAUUGGCUUACUGCAAAGAGUGGCAGAAAGAAGAGGUGCCCUUACACUAAGCACCAAACGCUGGAAUUAGAAAAAGAGUUCUUGUUCAAUAUGUACCUCACCCGCGAGCGCCGCCUAGAGAUCAGUAAGAGCGUUAACCUCACCGACAGGCAGGUCAAGAUUUGGUUUCAAAACCGCCGAAUGAAACUCAAGAAGAUGAGCCGAGAGAACCGGAUCCGAGAACUGACCGCCAACCUCACCUUUUCUUAGGUCGGAGGCCGGUGGGAGGCCAGGAUCAGAGAGGGGCACCGCGUUCCAGAGCCCAGUGCUGGAGGACUGGGAAGGUGGAAACAAAACCUUCAUUGCUCUUUGUUUUUUUGUUUUUGUUUUGUUUUGUUUUCCUGCUAGAAUGUGACUUUGGGGUCAUUCUGUUCGUGCUGCAAGUGAUCUGUAAUCCCUGAGUAUAUAUAUAUAUAUAUAUAUAUUAAAAAAACUUACCACGUGUAAUUUAUUAUUUUUUCAUCAUAAUGCAGGGUAACUAUUACUGCACAUUUUCAUUUGGGUCUUAACUUAUUGGAACUGUAGAGCAUCCAUCUAACCAUCCAUCCAUCCAUCCAUCCAUCCAGCAAUGUGACCUUUUUCAUGUUUUUUUUUUCUAACACAAAAGUUCUCUGUGUGUGGUUAAUCAUGAACUAAUGACAUUUUGAAAACAUCCAGUACUUUUUAAAUUACACACAUAUAUAUAUAUAUUUAAAAAAGAUUAAGAAAACCCACAAGCUUUGGGGGGAGGGGACUUAAAAAGCACAUUACAAUGUAUCUUUUCACAAAUGAAUUUAGCAGUUGUCCUUGGUGAGAUGGAAUAUUGACAACUUAUGCCUUGUAGCCUUUCCCUUGUGGUGCAUCUGUGGUUUGGUAGAAGUACAACAGCAACCUGUCCUUUCUGUGCAUGUUCUGGUAGCAUGUAUAAUGCAAUAAAUUCUGGAAACAAGUUUGCUCCCUCUGCUUUCUGAAAUGGAAAAAUAUUAUGGUGGAAAUGAAAGCCUUUGGGGAGGUUCUCUUCUGGUUAAACUGCUUUUGGGGCAGUAGGGUGGGGGAAGUGACGGGAGCAGGAGAUGGUGCUAGAAUUGGACAGUGGUGGGAGAAGAAGAGUGAUAAUCGCCUGGGUUUGCAUUUUUCGUAAAUGAGAAAAGAGAGUCCUUUCUCCUCUCCCAGUCCCCAACCAUAGAAUA